CCAGGGUCCACUGUAACUUUCUCAUAGCCGUCACACCACACCCACAGCCCGUGCCGACGACAAAGUGCUCAAAGUCAACACCUCGACGCCUGCCCGCAAUGCUGCUCUUCUGCCCAACCUGCAGCAACAUGCUGCGCGUCAGCCGCGUCCCGCCGGGCGACCCGACCAUCGAGCAGUACGUGGGCCAGAACCGCUUCGAGUGUCUGACGUGCCCGUACCACUUCGUCAUCAACAAGCGCUAUUACGAGCGCAAGUACCUCAAGAAGAAGGAGGUCGAGGACAUCCUGGGUGGGAAGGGCGCGUGGGACAAUGUCGAUAAGACGGAAGUGCAAUGUCCGAACGAAAAGUGCCGCAACGAUCAGGCGUACUGGUAUCAGCUGCAGAUCCGCAGUGCCGACGAGCCCAUGACGGCCUUCUACAAGUGCACCAAGUGCGCGAAAGAGUGGCGCGAGUAGAUCGUCUUCUCCGCCUCGAGGACUUGGCUUUGCAUAUACGGAGUUUAGGGAGCGACAAUGUUGCACUUGCGUUGGAAAUACCCCGGUUGUCUUACUUCUACAAUACUAGACCUUCUUUGCUACCAGCUAUGGUA